AUGGCGUCUAUAAACAUAGAGCUUGAACAAACUCUUUUACACGUAACCAUUAAAAUCAAGCUAAGCUACUCAAAAAUGAAGCUUUUCCAAUUGACACUGUUCCUGCUAGUUAAUGCAUUUCUAGCAUUGGCAUCUUCUGAAUCGGUUGAUGUUGAAAGUUCUUCGAACGAAACCGCUGUUGAGGAGCCUUCUACCAUUGAUUUUGAUGUUGGCUACAAUAUUCUCGAACACUUAGACACUGAUCUAUCCAGAGGUGUGGAGUUCUCAAUGCAAGAGGUUGCGACAUUUAAUUAUUCGUUUACCAACAACGAGAAGGUCAAUGUGAGCGUUGUUGGUGUCGCUGGUAGCGUUAUUUCGACACCAGACGGUUAUCAGGUCGCUAACAUUACCGAGCAACCAAUUGGACCUGUUCCAAUUGGCGUGAACGAAACUGCUAACUUUCAAGCAGGUGUGCAAUUGAUCCUUCCAGAAGGUAACUUUUACAUGUUGCCAGUUUUGAACGUGAUGAAGGAUGGUGAGCCCUUGAGAGUAGGAAUCCGCCCUCUUUUAAUUACUGUCAACCCUCCUCCACUAUCUUUCUUUAACCCAAGCUUCUUAUCCGUGCAGAUACUUCUCGGCCUAUUGAUUGCAGGUGCUACUUAUGCCUUCAUCACGUUUGACAAAUCUGAAACCAAAAGAAAACCUGCUAAAAAUGCGAAGCCUGUUGCUGUAGAUCAAUCUUGGUUGCCAGAUACUUACAAAAAACCAGAGAAACCUUAA